AAUGGAACAACUAAAAUGAUGUAGCUAGCACUUAAAAAUAUUAGUUUUGUAAAAUGAAGGAAAAGGCAAAUAUUGAGCAUUAUAUAAAGCAGUACUAAAGUCAUUGCUAGACACAUUACUCGGGUGAGAAACAGAGUAAAUUCAUGGCAGAAACGAGCUCAGUAAAGCUACAUGGAAUGUGGGCAAGUCCUUUCGCUAUGAGGGCGAAACUCGCCCUCAAAAUUAAGGGUAUAGACUUUGAGCACAUAGAGGAAGAUCUAGCCAACAAAAGUGAGUUGCUUCUGCAAUAUAACCCGGUGCAUAAGAAAGUUCCUGUUCUAGUGCAUAAUGGGAUGCCGAUUGCAGAGUCAUUGGUCAUCCUUGAAUAUAUUGAUGAAACUUGGACUGACCCGCCGCAUCUCCUGCCUCAGGAUCCCUACCUAAGGGCCAAACUCCGAUUUUGGGCCGCCUAUUUCCAGCCGGUAUUCGAGUUGAUGUCCAAAACACUAAUUCUGGAAGGUGAAGCACAGAAGAACAUGUUAAAUGAGUUGCUAGAAAAACUGGAUGUGGCUGAAGAAGGAAUCAAAGAGAUAUACCCAAAUAGUGUUCCAUCUUUUUCAGAAGAUGUGAAUCCUGGGUAUUUGGACAUCGUGUUCUAUUCUCUAUUCGGAACCCAUGAAGUUGCAAAAGAUUUCUUCGGCCGUGUUUUGAUAACUCCAGAAAGGUACCCAUUGUUGACCUCAUGGAUCAUGGCAAUGAAACAAGUUCCUCAAGUUAUAGAGGUGACACCACCAUCGGCUAAUUUGUUGGGAUUUCUUCAGUUUAUUCGACAGAAGUACCUCCCACCAAAAGCAUAAUUGGUUUUUACAUGUUUUGCAAUUACCUUUUGUGGACUUUUUUCUUCUUUACUGAAGAAGUGAAGAUUAUAUAAAUAUCAUCUGUACUCGUUAAACAUGUAAUAUCCAUCUCGGUUUGUUGCAGCAUAUAAUGUGUGUAGGAUGUGGAAGUGGAACUCAUAAUGUAUAAAUUUAAAGACUCAUUGUUCAAGGCAAUAGGUGUGAUUCAUUUUUCAAUUCUUUUUA